CUUCCAUUCGUGUUAAUUUUCCUCAUUGAUUUCAAUACAAAAUUUCCUUUCGUAAACAUUUAGUUUUGAGAAUUUUAUAUUACAUCAAGACAACAUCUCCUACCAUUAGCUGAUGAUUCUUUUAUUCUCACCACCUGUCUUCUUCACAAUGUAUUUAUACAGUCAGGAGAAAUAACAUAUUGAUCAUACUAGGGUUCAAUAUUUGCAUGCCUGUCUAAUGAUAAGCCUUUCUUGACAAGUCUAAAGAAGCUGAUGAUUUCACCCAUUGACAUUGAGCAAAUUUGCAUACGUGUAUGGUAAUGUUGAAAGCAUUGUACAUGAUUUAAAUGCCAUCCCUCUCACCAGCUGGUUUCCAGUUUAGAAAUCCAGGUUUAUUUGAAGUCACAAAAGCAGCAAGAGCUGAAGAAAGGACUGAGCAAUCCACUGAAGAUAACAGAGCACUUGAGGUGGCUGUAGGGAGUGAUUUGGAGGGAACAGCAGAGAUCAGAGUUGCUAUUGUUCAGUCUGGAAAAGAGCUAGAAAUUGCCACUGUUAGAGGUUUAAUAAGUGGUUGCUAUGACAACAUGCCAACAGUCAUCCCAUCCUGGCAACAGAAGCUGGAAUCUGCGCAGUCAAACCUGUUCUGCAAGGAGCUCUUUGUGCAGCUCUCACAAGGAGCUUACAGCACAAAAGAAAACAGACCACACCUUGUGAUGGCAAAUGAAAUUAGAGCUGAGAUUUUUCCAGGGACAGAUCUUUGCAUCACAUACAGUUGCAAAAAAGACAAUUCAGAGCAAAAUAGUAAAAANUUGAAAGGCUGUCACAAGGAGCUUACAACACAAAAGAAAACAAACCACACCUUGUGA